AUGAGAGAUUUUCCAUCUUGCUUUGGUGAAAAUGGGGUACAAGUAGCUGAUUCUUCAUCUUCAAAUACUAGUAAAAAUGCACAGAAUUUGGUUACUUGUGUGUAUCAAUGUCGAAUUCGAGGCCGGUAUUGCUUGGUCACCGUUACAUGGAGUAAGAAUUUGAUGGGUCAAGGCCUGAGCGUAGGGAUUGAUGAUUCUGCAAAUCAGUGUUUAUGUAAGGUUGAUAUUAAACCGUGGUUGUUCUCAAAAAGAAAAGGGUCCAGGAGUUUAGAAGCAUAUUCUUGUAAAAUUGAUAUAUAUUGGGACCUUUCAUCAGCUAAAUUUGGAUCUGGGCCUGAACCACUAGAAGGGUUUUAUGUUGCUGUUGUUGUGGAUAGGCAAAUGGUCCUCCUUCUUGGGGAUAUGAAAAAAGAAGCUUUCAAGAAAACUGGUGCCACUCCUACUCCGUCCAAUGCUGUUUUUGUUGCUAAGAGAGAGCAUGUUUUUGGCAAGAAGGUGUUCUGUACCAAGGCUCAGUUUUGUGACAAUGGUCAAAUUCAUGAUCUCGUGAUUGAAUGUGACACGAUUGGUGUCAAUGAUCCGUGUCUUUUGGUUCGCGUGGACUGUAAGACUGUGAUGCAGGUGAAGCGACUCCGGUGGAAGUUCCGGGGGAACCAUACCAUAUUGGUAGAUGGGCUAGCAAUUGAAUUGUUUUGGGAUGUACAUAAUUGGCUCUUUGGUACAUCUAUUGGAAAUGCUGUUUUUAUGUUCAAGACUUGCUCGUCAGCUGAGAAGUUGUGGGCUAGCCAACCGCUUUCAGAUCCAAAUGUGUUGCCACGGUCCUUCUCCCAGAGAUUUCUGGAUUCCAAAUCACAAAAUCUUGGUUUUUCAUUGAUUUUGUACGCUUGGAAGCAUGAAUAG